ACCAUCAGGCUAGAGCCUUGGUGCUUUCCCCUAUUGCUAUAUAACCUACAAUUAUUACUCACACUCGACUGGUCAAUUUUCUCUUUUUUUCCUUCAAGCCUUCAUAGAAAGACCCCCAUUUUUUUUUUAAAGCUAAAGGACCUGGUUUCAGGCGAACAUACAGGAAAAAAUAAUACAAAGGAGUUGAGUGAGUUAUAGUUAGUGUGUGUGUGUGUGUGUGAGAGAGAGAGAGAGAGAAAGAGAGAGAAGAUGGGGAGAGCCCCAUGUUGUGAUAAGAAAGGUUUAAACAAAGGGCCAUGGACACCUGAAGAAGAUGAAAAACUUGUUGAGUAUAUCAAGAAUCAUGGUCAUGGUAGUUGGCGUUCUCUUCCAAACCUUGCAGGUCUUGCUCGUUGCGGGAAGAGUUGCCGUCUUAGGUGGACGAAUUAUCUAAGGCCAGACAUCAAAAGAGGUCCGUUUAGCCAUGAGGAAGAAAAGCUUGUCAUACAGUUACACGGCAUUAUUGGCAACAGAUGGGCUGCAAUCGCAUCACAACUACCUGGAAGGACGGACAAUGAGAUAAAGAACUUAUGGAAUACUCACCUGAAGAAACGCCUACUUUGCUUGGGCGUUGAUCCUCACACUCAUGAACCCUCUAAUGGGCUGUUCAUGAGAAACCCAACUACAUCGCUUUCAGCCCGCCAUAUGGCACAAUGGGAAAGUGCAAGGCUUGAAGCUGAGGCCCGUCUCUCCAGGGACUUGGUUCCAUCAUCAGUAGGAAGGUCUGGAAGUGACUACUUUUUGCGUAUAUGGAAUUCAGAGAUAGGAGAAUCAUUUAGGAAAUUCAACAAACAAGGCAGAAGUACUACUUGUCAAAGUCCAGCUUCUCAAGCAUCUUCAUCUACAAAGUAUGGAUCCGCUUCAGGCAUCACAACUGAGAUGGACCUUAAUUUUGCUGACGGCCAACCAUAUACAGAAUUGGAGGAUUCAUCUGAAUCAGCAUUGCAGCUUCUUUUGGAUUUCCCGAGUAACAAUGACAUGAGCUUUCUUGGCUUUUUAAGUGAAAGUUCCUUGAACUCAUCAGCAGAACAUGAAGUUGGCUUUCUCUAAAUAUGGUGAUCACGAAAGCCUGAAUUGUCGAAAAAUUCUGUGUUUUAGUAGCAGAAGAGGUUUGUAAUUUGACUGCACUAUGUAUUGAUGCUAUAGUAAUAGAGCCAUCUUGAGUGGUAUGUAAGCCAGACAUGUCAGGCAAAUUUAGGUCUACUGGCAUGUUUCUGAAGCUUAUAUUUUGUGGUUA